UAUGUCCUGUCUGUCCUGCAAUUUACCUACCCUACCCUUUUUCAAGGGUGGCAAACAUUGGUGGGUGGACUUCUGCUUCACAUCUCCUGGAAGCUGGGCUGGGUGGAGAUAAACUUGUGUUCAAGGUCUGAAAUCCUGUCAUGGCUUCCUGCAUCAGUACUUUUUGUGGGCAUUAUUUAUGCUGGCUCCAGGGCACUGUCUAGACUGCCAAUCCCGGUGUUCCUCACUGUGCACAACGCGGCAGAAGUCAUAACCUGUGGGUUCCAGAGGUUUGUGCAGAAAGAGCAGACCUCUCAUCUGAAAGUCUGUAGUGUGCUGUUCCUCCUGGCAGCAGCAGUGUGCCUUCCUUUGUGUGACACACAGUUUGAUCCAAACGGAUAUUUAUGGGCUCUAAUUCACUUGAUCUGUCUUGGGGCUUACAAAGUAUUUCACAAGUUGUGGAAACCUGGAUCUUUAAGUGAUCUGGACCAACAGUACAUCAACUAUGUAUUCAGUGUGGUGCUGUUGGCCUCUGCAUCCCAUCCAGCAGGUGAUCUCUUCAGUGCCUUGGAUUUUCCAUUCCUGUACUUCUACAGGUUUCAUAGCAGCUGCUGUGCCAGUGGACUUUUGGGAUUCCUUCUGAUGUUGCACACAGUGAAGCUAAAAAGCAGCACAACCUCAGGGCAAUAUGCAGCCUGGAGUUUCCUUGCAAAGGUUAUCACUGCUAGCUUAUCGCCAUUCUUCUUUGUCAUGACUGCCAAUGUACUAACAAUUUCUUGCCUUGUGGUCGGUGGAGUUGGAGAAGCAUUGCUUGUUUACACUGAAAGGACAGGCACAUAAAGAGGAACCAGAUCUCUCCAGUUGGAACAGAGCUGACUUGCAGCCUAGAGACACUAUUAUGAAAAAAGUGGCAGCAGGAAUGAAGAAGUGCAACCAAACAUGAGGAAAGGGAUCUAUUGUUGUUUUUUUUAAAUUAAGAAAAGAACCUAUGCUAUUAAUAGUGCUGGAAAGGAAGCAGCAUAGCUGGCAGAGAUGGUAAGGAGCCUUUGCCUCAAAGCACAAGACCAACUAUAUCAGAUUGAUGUGGUAAAGAAAAAACUGCACUGUAUCAUGCUGACGGCUCUGUGUGAGCACCACUCAGUAGCAGCUUCUUGCACAGGGAGCUAAACUCAGGAAAAGCAGCAUUCCCCACUGGAUGCCCCAGUGGCUUUUUUUUUUUGUUUGAAGCAGACAGGUCAUACCAAACAAUGUAUAAAUUCAGGAUCUGGAAGGAUGGAUUUUGCCUCCAACUGUUCUGUAAGCAGCAAGCUGCCACACACAGGUCUCUAGUCAUGUUGUCUGAACUGGCACAGGGACUGAGGCCAAAGGGCUUGUGGAGAUAAUCCCCUUCUGGAACUGUGGCAGUUUGACAGCCUUUCAGAAAGGGAAAAUCAGCAAUAAAUCUCAAUAUCUGUAGUGAUUGCUCUUUGUGAUUUUUUUCUCUCCCAUUUGCUGAGAUUUCUCUUGAACUCUGCCAAUUUUUGUCAGCUGGAGGGGGUGGAGGGACACGUACUGUUCCCAGCAGUGGUUUGUCUCUUAAAUUAUUGCAAGAGGAAACAAAGAACAUGAACCUUGAAUGAAUGUCAUAAGAGUGUAAGGAAAUUAAUCUCAAGUGUUCUUAAAGUAAUUUCACUUCUGGUUGCUUAAUGGUUGUUAGAAAUUAGCCUUGAUAUAUUAGAGCCUGCAAUCUAUGUGAAAGUAAUAUUAAAUGAUGAGUUUAUAUUGUGAGAAAGGUCUACAUGGUAAAAAGCAUUUGAUAACAAAUCUUCAAUGUGGAAAGAGACUCGUCUCACUUGUUAGAUAUGUAAAGUGUAGUCCUUUAAUCUAAGCUGACCAAAUUUCCUUCAUGGUCAAUGGAAAGAGGGUUGCUCUCACAGAGAUGAUCCUUCUUGAAUGGAUUGCUAUGUUAGGAAGUGCAUAUUUCUCUGUAGAUAGAAACUGGGUAACUAGUCUAGGCAAGACACAUGGUUCUUGGACACAUGGUUAACUAAGCCUACAGUUACCAGAAGCUUCAAUCUAACAAAUUCAACCAGAUGGGCUUGAAAAUAUGGCUACAUUUUAAUUUCAAAUAAAACACUAUAGGUUUACAAAGAAGGUAAAUUUUACAAAUGUUUGCAGUCAGUUUCUACGACUGGAGAAUUUUAAAAAGAGAUUAGUUGGUUUUCAGAAAAAAAAAAAUUCUGCAAAGAGAAGCUUAAAAGGUAAGUACUCUGGUCAAUAUUGUACCUAAGCUGAUCUCAGUCUAUCACAAAAGGUCUCCUCACAUGGGCCUGCUGUCUGUGUAUGUUUGGUCCUACUCUGGUUUGAGUUUGGUGUGAGCCAUUUUUUAGCCAGGUGGUAAAACUCAAGUUUGGGAAGAAAGGGGGAAGAGAGGGACAAGCAUGAAAAAAUAAAUGCUUGAAUUGAGCACUAGUCCAGAAACCAGCAUGAGCCUCCUGGGAAGUUGGGCCCAUACACCCAGUGAGCCAUGACACAGCCAGCCAUGGGUCCUCAAGGCAUUCCAGUCUGUAAAUUCACAGUGCUGGGAGUGAUGGCAGAUGCUGCAGCAUUCUGGCUUUCUCCAGACAAUUCUCUCUGCCAGCCAGUUGUGCCAAUGCAGUAGGAUCCUUGCUGUGCCACCUCUCUGCUGACUUUGAAGAGAACAGUGACCCUGGGAGACCUCAUGGAAGAGUCCCUGCGUGACUGCCGAGGUUUUGCAAUCGUAGCUGGAACCCUUGCUGUGGGAAAAGCUCAUCUUGUACCUCUCUUCUUGCAUAACUUUCAAGGGUAGGCUGCAGUCUGGUUUUUUUUCUUCCUCUGUCUUGCCUGUGCCGUUCCUAGCAAUGUGCAGAACACCCAUUUGCUUUCUUGCUGGUGGUCUCAGUGGAAAGGCAGAGUCCAAACCAGCAGCCAGGGUUGCAAUAGCACUUUGAUCAGAGGGCAUCUUGGCAUGGCUGCAGGAAGCCUUUUUGGCUGCAACAAGCAUUUCUGGGGGAAUUCUGGGCCUGCAGAUACUGCAUUAGAAUCCUCCUGCACAGUAAGGCAGCUGCCUCUUUAUUUAACUCAUGCAUGUUAAACAACACUGAACUGUUUAACUUCUGCUCGCAUUUUUUGUGUCUUGCAUUUCUGAGACUCUGCUUGAGGUAAGUAAAAAGCACAGGUUUAAACUGAUUGCUAUAUAAGCAAAUCAAAGAACCACAGUUAGCAGGGGAGUUGGGCUCCUCUGUCAAACAUGACCCCUGCAGAGCAGCAUGAAGCUCAUCAGUCUUGCUGAAAACUCAGAUUAGGGUGGAAAUAGAGCUCGGUGGCCUUCAAAAUCCAUCUUUGCAUAUUUGGACUUGUCUUAAGGUGUUGAAGGCAUGGCUUGGUGUCCUCCUUGCUCAGGCAGGGGGGCCAGCAGGGCCAGGUUCCAGUGUGGCAUCUGCCUCUGGGAGAGUCCUGUGAGCCAAGGGCUGGUUCAGUGCUGCUCACACUGAUCUGUCAAAGGGUCAGCCUGUGUGGGGAAAGCAGUGGUGGGGAGAGAGCCCUUGGGGGACUUCUGGCUGUUGGAGCAAGUGGUGCCUUUCUCAACACAUGUGUGCUGGAUUGGGGAUGGCAGCCAGGAAUUGGUGACCUGCAGCAGUUGCAAAGCCCCAAGAUGGCAUCUCAGCUGCCAGAGCAGAGCAGGUCAUACAAACCUAAAGGUCAGCUCUGGGAGGGCACCAAGAAGACCCUGGCUCUCCACCACUGCCCUUGGGAAGGUGCAUGUUCCCACCAGUGGCACCCAAGGCAGCAGAGACACAGAGCUGGUUGGGCUCCCUGGUCCUCAGAGCCCUGGGUGAGCAGGCAGUGGCAGCAGAGGAGAAAUGUGGGCAGGGCAGGCACUACUGGCUGUUUGCAGAGGCUGGGCACUGGAGGGGAUGGGGUAGAGCAAACCUGGUCAUUUCCUGAGAAAGCAGUGCCGUGGUCUUUCAUUCAGCUCUCCACAGAAGGAGGGAUGCUGCAUAAUAAAGAACGCACUUCAGGGUUGUUAAAGUGAUCUUCAAAGCAGGAAACCUCAGAAGCUCAAGCUUAAAAUGGCUCUUGCAGGACUUAUGAAAGUUAUGUUAAGUAAUUUGAAGCAGGAACAUGCAAGGUUGGACCAUUUCUAUCUAAUUGACCUUUUUUGAGUCAGUCAAAAAUGCAAAGUGCUGAACACACAGCUUUGAGGAAGGAGGAGCUCUUUUAGGUUGCAGAGAAGCAAUGACAUCAAUUAAUGCCUGAAUGCAAAGUGCUGGAUCUGUUGCUCAGCUCAUACAAAACACUCCACAUUGAUUGGUAUCCAGCAUUUAAGGAAUUCACUAUUCUUGGGUUGUCAACACGUGAGACUACAGAGAAAAAAUGGAGUGUGCUGGUCUUUCUAAAAGGCAUCUGGAGGCUGUCCCAUCAUGCCCUUUUCACAUCCACUGAUUUUGAUCAAAUCACUGACAGAGAUGGUCCUGAAUCAUGUCAUACCUUUUUGAUCCUACCUUGCUUACACCUAUUUUCCAAAUGUCUUUUUUUUUCUUACAAAGUAAUUGGGACAAGGCUUUCAUUAUCCACUGCAGUGGCAUGACUCAUGCAUGUGGCUGGCCUUCAUCAUAGAGAGUAUCUGCUUAAAGGCAAGUGCCAUCAAAAAAGACUUGAAGAGUAAAGCUGCUGGAUAUGGACUACAAGUGGAUUACAAAAAUGCAGGCCACAGGGAUUCUGUUUUGAAACAAUCUUCUGGAUCUGGUGGUUGUAAGAUAGCUUCCAGCAGAAAAUGUUAUUAAAUUAAUUAAAUGAACCUGAUA